AUGCAGGGGCAUGCUGCUCCAUCACAGCCGCGACCUUUCCAGCAGCCAGGUGCAGCCCCUGCCGCCCCAGUGCAGAAUGAUCAGAUGGCUGAACUGCGGGAAUUGGUGGGUUCUCUCGCCAGUUCUAGUGCUAAAAAAUUUAACACUAUCGAGCAGUUCAUGGAAAAGGCAUCGGGUAAAUUCAUGGCUCUUGAAGCUGGCCAGAGGAAUACACAGGCUGUCUUGCAGGAUAUCCAAACCCAGCUGGGGAGUGUGGCUCAAGCAGUGGCACAAAGGGCUCCUGGUACUUUGCCCGGUCAGACCAUCCCUCACCCUCAGAACCCGAAUGAGCACUGCAAUGCCAUCAUGACCAGGAGUGGCAAGAUGACUAUUGAUCCACCUGCUCGGGCACAAGAGAGAGAGGCGCUUGCCUCGGCAUCUCCAGCAGCUGAAGAAGAAACAGAGAAGGAGGUUGAGGUGCCUGCACCUAAACCGCAACCAGUGAAGGAGUAUAUCCCUCAACUCCCCUUCCCUACUCGGUUGCACAAAGACAGGCUAGAUGCAGAAUUCGGGAACUUCAUGGCCAUGCUUAGGAAGCUGAAUGUCCAAGUACCUUUCCUGGAGGCACUUUCUCAAAUGUCUAAGUAUGCGAAGUUCCUGAAGGAUCUUCUCUCAAAGAAGCAGAAGCUGAGCGAGCUGGCCACUGUGGAGCUCAGCGAAGAGUGCUCGGCCAUUCUGCAGAACAAGCUUCCGCAGAAGCAGAAGGACCCAGGUAGUUUUACUAUCCCGUGCUCUAUCGAUAAUUUGCAUGUAGAGAGGUCCUUGGCGGAUUUAGGUGCUAGUAUAAAUGUUAUGCCAUAUAAACUGUUUAAGAAACUAGGCCUAGGUGAACCCCGUGCUACUAGGAUGAGCCUUCAAUUAGCUGACCGAUCUGUAGUGCAUCCUAGGGGCAUAGUGGAAGACCUUCUGGUUAAGGUUGGCAAAUUCAAUUAUCCUGUUGAUUUUGUGAUUUUGGACAUAAAUGAGGAUGUGCCAUUGAUACUGGGAAGGCCUUUCCUGGCCACCGCCAAGGCCCUCAUAGAUGUGCAUGAUGGGACCUUAGUUUUGAGGGAUGGUGAGGAGCGAAUAACGUUUUCAAUUUCUAAUACUCUUCCUGCUUCGUCACCUCUGCAUGCGGUAUCUCACCAGGAGCACGAGUCUAUCGUGCUUCGUAUUUUGCAGGAUCCGCCUCCCAUACCUUCGCCGCCACUCCCGUCCACUCCGUCAUCGAAAGAACAGAUCUGGGAGGAGUGGCGGCCAAAACUGCAGGCAGCUAAGCCUGCCCGAAAGAAAGCCGGAGACCACUACGAGCUGGUCCCGCCCCCACCUUGGCCAUCCGAGUAUUCACUCGCUUGCAUCCUGCCGGAUGGCCAAGUUAAGUUGGCAAAUGCUGGUGGCCACAUUCGGCGUGUGCAUGGCAACCAUUUGAAACUGUACCUCAAGAGCGAGGUGGAUCCGCUCUUGAAGGCACCUGCUCCUUCACCUCACUGA